GAAAAGACUUAAAGCUGCCACUGCCAAUGAUAUCUCAACCAAUUCAAAUUAUCAACCACAAUCCGAGAGGGAAGCAUUUGACAGAUUCAGAUAGUCAAAACUUGAGAAGAUUAAACAACCUUAUGGGAUUUCAACAGCAAGUUUGGAGAAUAAAAAUUAAAGAUCAUUGCUGGAUUCAUCAUUAUGAGCGACGGACUAUGGUGACGACGAUGACGGUUCCACUACCGAAUAUGAUCGGACAACGUCGAUUUAGUGCUUCUCGACUAAAUCCCCACGAUCGGAUCUGGCACUCCACAGCCAGAUCCAAUUGCGGGAAACUCCGAUCUAGCACCUUAAUGGCUGGAUAUGGCCAUAUGAUGCGCCAGAUCGACGUUUCAUUACAUCGGUCACAUUUUCGAUUGUCGGCCCAUGGAGAAGAAGAAAGGUAAAAGGAAAAAAAUAAAA